AUGAUUCUGAUGCUGAUUCUGAUGUUGAUUCUGGUGCUGAUUCUGAUGCUGAUUCUGAUGUUGAUUCUGAUUCUGAUUCUGAUUCUGAUGCUGAUUCUGAUGCUGAUUCUGAUGCUUAUUCUGAUGCUGAUGCUGAUUCUGAUGCUGAUUCUGAUGUUGAUAUUGAUGCUGAUUCUGAUGUUGAUUCUGGUGCUGAUUCUGAUGCUGAUUCUGAUGUUGAUUCUGAUUCUGAUGCUGAUUCUGAUGCUGAUUAUGAUGUUGAUUCUGAUGUUGAAGCUGAUUCUGAUGCUGAAGCUGAUUCUGAUGUUGAUUCUGAAGUUGAUUCUGAAGAUGAUUCUUUUUGUGUAUGAGCGCGGUACGAGGGUGGUCAGGGUUGUCCCGGUAUCGGAACCGGAUAAGGCGCGCAAGACACAAAUAAAAAUAACUUAG